UUUUUUUUUUUUGUUUCAAUUUAUUUUUGGUUUCGAAACUUGUUAUUUUUUUUUCUCUUUUCUCUUUUUUUCUAUCUCUUUUUUUAUUAUUAUUAAUUUAUAGUACUUCCAUGCCUUUCGCUGAUAUAGCAAAGAAAUCCAUGGUGGUUUUACUUGCUGGCACGACAGUGUAUUAUAUGGUCAAUAUUGGUAGAUUAGUCAAUGAAAGGAAAGAAUUAAAGAAAAAUAAUCGUGUAGAAGAAAAGAACGAAAAUCAUAUCGAAACACUUCACUCAGAGACAGAUACCACACCUGUACCUCUUCCAAAUCAAGAUCAACCUGGAAAUAUGGAUAAAACUCAACUUACUUCUUCUUAGAAUAUCUUUAGUCUAUAUGAAAUAAAAGAUAAAAAGGGUUUUUUUUUUUU